ACGACUUCAGUCUCGCCCAAGGCUUACGUACAUACCUACGUAUGGAUGGUAUAAUUCAAGUACCCCAUGUCAAUCUGUUACGGCACCUAUUUAUAGUAAUAGUCCUGUCUUCAUUAGCAGCCAUGGAAAUCCGGGUAUCUGCUUCAAGUACCUAUGCUCUUCUUACAAUUGGCGUUGUGCUAUUAUAUAUAUACUUAUCCAGGAUUCCAACCCAGCCAUUUUUAAAACGAGUGAUAUUUUGUCAGGAGUUACAUGACUACCAGGUACCUAACGAAACCUGUUUCUACUCUUCGCAAAUCUUUCACCAUGGAUGAUAUGAAAGGUACAACUGGAAUAGUUCCAGAAGAUAAGUGUGCGAACACACACGCUACUGGUGAUAAAAUCGAAUCUGUUGAACUACGUCUGAACGAAGACGACGUGAAUGGUCGGAGCGUUGAGCUCACGAGCAAAAAAGAUUCUUACGUACUGAUGCGAGAUUGCAAUGCGAGCACUCGACUAACAGCUCAGCACUACCUUUGGAAAGACUUACUUGGAUACCUUAUCCACCCUGACAUUCCCACUGGAUUUGACGAUUUGAAAAUCGCCGACGUUGCUACAGGCAAUGGCAUUUGGCUCCACGAUGUCUCUCGUAGUAAGUCAACGUCGGCGGAGCUCCAUGGUUUCGAUAUCAGCUUGGACCAGGUUGGACCUAAGGCCUGGUUGCCGGCGAACAUACGGAUGCACAUCUGGAACAUUUUCGAUGAGCCGCCUCCACAGUUCAUAGGAUACUUCGACAUUGUUCAUGUCCGACUCAUCACCGUUGUAGUCAAGAACAAUGACCCCCAGCCCGUGCUUGCUAAUCUGGCAAAGCUAUUGAAGCCCGGUGGAUAUCUCCAAUGGGAUGAGGUAGAUACCAUCAGUAGCUCAAUUAAGACUGUCCCGGGUGUAUCAGGAAGCAGUCUCAAUAAACUCUAUUCUCAGCUCAAGGGGAAUAAUACGCGGGAUGAUACGUGGGUUACUCUAAUCGAAAAGUCCAGAGUACAUACUACUGACUGCCACUUUAGCUGGAAAUAUCGCCUAACGGAAAUCCUGGACGAGAAUGGGUUUACUGGAUCGCUGUUGUACACAUACGAGUAUGGACAUGGUCUGGCACGGCUCUGGAAUGACAUUUACGUCAGCACAUGGAAAGAGUUUGCGAACAAUGUUCUUAAGACGCCUCGAAUGUCGGAAGACCUAGAGCGUAAAGGAAUGGAGGAAGCAAGAAACGGGGCAGCAAUUAUGACGCCCAAAUUGGUGUGGGUUACAAGGAAAGAGUAGGCGGUUGGCUUGACUAGGUAUUUUCAUACCUAUUUUACGUAUUGCAAGUUUUUAUAUCCCGAUCUCCUAGUUAAUCCUGUUAGCUUUUGCGUCAAUACGACGCGUCAGACACGGGAGGCUUUGGUUGUUGGAUCAACGUAGUGAUGCAGCUAUGUAGUCUACCUAGUUAUCACAAGCAUACCUAAAAGCUAA